GUUAUAGCAAUACAAAGUGUUGCGACGUUAAAGAAAUAUGUUCUGGAAGUCUAUUGUAAUAAUCUUGGGUCUCUUGGCAAGUGCCAACUGUGCUGUGAUACCCAAUGGACUGAUUGCGCAACGGGAUGUGGAUCUAGAUGGUCGCAUUGUGGGCGGAUCCCAAACAUCGAUCAGUUCACAUCCUUGGCAAGUGUCGCUGCAACGUUCUGGACUCCACUUCUGUGGAGGAAGCGUCAUCAGUUCAACCAUGGUGGUAACUGCUGCCCAUUGCCUGCUCAAGGUGACGGUACCAACGCUGAGAGUACGCGCUGGAUCCACAUAUCGAUCAAUUGGCGGAGUUAUCAGUAAUGCGGCAGCAUUCAAGAUACAUGAGGGAUAUAGCACCAGCACCAAGAUCAACGACAUUGGCGUGGUAUGGCUGAAGACCAAGCUGACUUUGGGAGCAAACAUCAAAGCCAUCCAGUUGGCAACCGCAACACCACAACAUGGAGCUGCCGCCAGCUGCUCUGGCUGGGGCUCUACAUCAUAUAAUGGCGGUUCUUCGUCACAUCUCUUGUACAUUGACACACGCAUUGUGGCACGCACGGAAUGUGGCAGCUCCAGCUAUGGACACGGUUCUAAAAUCAGGGAGACCAUGAUCUGUGCGGCGGGCAGUAAUAAGGAUGCAUGCCAAGGGGAUUCUGGUGGACCGCUUGUGUCAGGCGGCAAACUUGUCGGAAUUGUUUCCUGGGGCACAAAUUGCGCAUUAGCCAAAUAUCCGGGAGUUUAUGCAAAUGUGGCUGAUCUCCGAGAUUGGGUGAUUAAACAAAUGUAACUUUAUAAUUAAUAGAAUUAAGAUCAAACAUAUUAGAAAUUUACCAUGUCUGCCUGUUGUAAGGCAUGAUCAUGGAAAUCAAUAAGGCUAUUUUCAGAGUAAAAAAA